AUGACGUAUGGUCCGUAUGGGGAGGAUGUGCCAUACAAACAGUUUAAUCCGAAAAGUUUUUCCGGGGUGAAUCCAGCGCACCAAACAGAACAUUUUGUAUGGGAAACUCCAACUCCCCACUUCUGGACCGAACAGGGAUAUGUUGUUGCCCGAGCGGAUGAAAUUGGAAUCGGACAAUCCCCCGGCGUACUGCAUGUAAAGUCAGCAGCCGCAAUUGACGGAUUCUGCGAUCUCAUAGAAUGGGCCACUGAGCAGUCUUGGUCUACUGGGAAAGUAGGUCUCCUCGGCGUCAGCUAUUACGCCGCCACUCAAUGGCAAGUCGCAGCUCGACAACCAAAAGGCUUGGCGGCUAUUGUUCCUUGGGAAGGGUUUUCAGAUUCCUGUGGUGAGUCUUUGAGACAUGGUGGCAUAUUGUCGAACAAAUUCUUUGAUUUGUGGUAUGCGCGUCAGGUUACUCCAAAUCAAUAUGGACUUCCCGGGCGCGCGGCUCGUAAUUGGGGGCCUGACCCUGUAGAGGGUGACCUAACUUCUGAAGAAUUAGAGGCAAAUCGGCAAAAAGACGUUUUGAAUGAGCAGAGAUAUCGUGACGAUGAACAAUUGGCCAGCCUUAAUUUCAACCUCGAGAGAUAUACGAGGCGAUGA